AUGUCUCAUACUCAACCCUCACCCACCGCGGGUGUGGCUCCCCACCACGCCGCGGCGCACAUGGCCGCUCACGCCCAGGUCAAUGGACACAUGCCCGCUAUUCCUGCGCAAGGCCAAAAGGGGGGUUCCUCUCACCACCGCCCAAAAGAUUGCCGCGCUCAACGAGCAAGCAGUUUGACUGAGCUUAUGGGAGAUCUCGAUGGCGCUAUGAAUGCGUAUGAGCAGGCUUUGCGUCACAAUCAAUGGUCCAUCCCGGCCAUGAAUGCCAUCUCCUGCAUCCUCCGCACUAAGGAGCAAUUCCCCAAGGCCAUUGAGUAUCUUCAGAAUAUCUUGAAGCUGGAUCCAACCAGCGGAGAAACUUGGGGUAGUCUGGGACACUGUCAUUUGAUGAUGGAUAACCUUCAAGAGGCCUACACCUCUUACCAACAAGCUCUCUACCAUCUGCGCGACCCGAAGGAACCCAAGCUCUGGUAUGGAAUUGGUAUUCUUUACGACCGUUACGGAUCCCUCGACCACGCCGAAGAAGCAUUUUCUCAAGUUAUGCGCAUGGCUCCCGAGUUCGAGAAGGCCAAUGAAAUUUAUUUCCGCCUGGGUAUAAUCUACAAGCAACAGCAGAAGUUCAGCCAGAGUCUGGAGUGCUUCAAGUACAUUGUUAAUGACCCGCCUCGCCCACUGACCGAGGAAGAUAUUUGGUUCCAGAUCGGUCACGUUCACGAGCAACAGAAAGACUUCGACUCCGCUCAAGCAGCCUACCGCCGAGUUCUCGACCGCGACCCGAACCAUGCCAAGGUCCUGCAACAACUUGGAUGGCUCUACCACCAACAAAGCGGCAGCUUCUCAAGCCAAGAGAAGGCCAUCGAGUUCCUCGAGAAGUCGGUUAGCGCGGAUAACAAUGACGCGCAGAGCUGGUACCUUCUUGGUCGCUGUUACAUGUCGCAGGCGAAGUACCCCAAGGCCUAUGAAGCCUACCAACAAGCCGUGUAUCGCGACGGUCGCAACCCUACUUUCUGGUGCUCCAUCGGUGUUCUAUACUACCAGAUCAAUCAGUACCGCGACGCGCUCGAUGCUUACUCUCGUGCAAUCCGCCUGAACCCAUAUAUCUCCGAGGUCUGGUAUGAUCUGGGCACUCUGUACGAAUCAUGCAACAACCAGAUCGCCGACGCGCUGGAUGCCUACGGGCGCGCUGCUGAUCUGGACCCUGCCAAUGUCCACAUCAAGGCCCGCCUGCAAUUGCUUCAAAGCCAACUCCAGGGUGGCAAUGCCCAACAGCCAAACGCCCCCGCGCCUCAACCGCAAGACGUUCACCCCCAGGCAUACCAGGCUCCUGGUGUCGGUCAGCCGCCCGCUCCCCAGUGGGGCGCCCCCGCCCCAGUCGGUCCCCCAGCCCAGGCACCUGCGCCCCCGAGGCAGAUUGCCGAUUGGAAUCGCGGAAUCAACGAUCUGGCGUCUCAAGGGCCGGCCCCCCCCCGGCCAAUGGCCUUGACCAGCGCGACCCAAUCCGUGCCCCUGGCCCUAUCCCUCAGGCAAGCCCUCGUCAGGAGCCCGGUCGUGCUUUCCCCGAUCCUGCUCGUGGCCCAGGUCACUCGCCCAAACUGGGCGGUCCGUCUGCUUAUCCUCCACAACACCUGCCUCAAAUUGCAAAUGCUCCCCCCCUCGGGCCAUGAGCGUGCUCCCAGCGGUGGGUUUCCCCCCGGUGGCUCGUGGGCCUCUACCUCCUGCUCCCCCUGCUGCUGCCGCUCCUCCUCCGGGUCCCAAUGGAGGCCCUCCCCCCACCUCCCCCUGCUGCUCCUGGUGCCGUUGGGGCACCUCCUGCUUAUCACCGCCCCUUCACUCCCCCCACUGAGAUCCGCCCUAUUCGGGAAGAGCGACCCUCCUCACCUGGCUCGAGCUACCCUCACCAACACCCCUGCACCCCCGGCUCCUAAUUCAACUGGCAUUGCUUCGGGUGCUCCUGCUCCCGCAUCUGCUGCGGCUGCUGCGGCUGCCGCUGAAGCAGCAGCUCGUGAGCGUGGUGAAGACCGUCCCGCCUCGGCCAUGAAACGUGGCCGUGAAUGGGAGGGUGAGUCUGGACCAGUGAAGAAGCUGGCCAGUGAUGAGAACCGGGCCCGCCUAGACGAUCAGAACAGCCGCCGCCCCAGCCCGCCUGCACACUUACCAUCCCCCAGUGAGAUGCAACGGCGCAGCUCUUCGGAAGCUCGGCGCGAGGAUGCCCGUCGUGCCAACGAAAAUUAUCACCCUUCUGAGGCAGCCCAUCACCCUCCCACCCUGCCCUCGAUUCAAAACAUGCCCCCCCCACGCUUCGAGUGGUCCCAGCCUUCCUCCCAUGAGCGAGGCCGCUGCUCCCGCCUCCAACGGACCCCCCCUCGGGAAGAGGCUCCUCGCCCAGAGGCACCCGCAUCUCACGAGCCCCCAGCUCGGAAAAUGGACGUUGAUGAGGACUAUGAUGAUGAUGCAGACGAGGAGAAGAAGGCCGUCGCGGCCCCCAAGGGUAGCCCUAACGGCGAGAAUGCGGCCAACGGCACCAGCAACGGUCGCCCAGGCUCUCUGGCCUACCUCCCCCGCAAGCGCGCUGCUCGCCACCGCGGAAAGGUUAAGAGCUUCCCCAAGGAUGACGCCAAGAAGCCCGUCCACCUGACUGCCUCCAUGGGCUACAAGGCCGGUAUGACCACCAUCGUCCGUGACCUUGACCGUCCCGGUGCCAAGAUGCACAAGAAGGAGGUCGUCGAGGCCGCUACCGUCAUCGAGACCCCUCCUCUCGUUGCCGUUGGUGUUGUCGGUUACAUCGAGACUCCCCGUGGUCUCCGCUCUCUCACCACCGUCUGGGCUGAGCACCUGAGCGACGAGGUCAAGCGCCGCUUCUACAAGAACUGGUACAAGUCCAAGAAGAAGGCCUUCACCAAGUACACCAAGCAGCACGCCGACAACAGCGGUACCGCCGUCUCCCGCGAGCUUGAGCGCAUCAAGAAGUACUGCACUGUCGUCCGUGUCCUCGCCCACACCCAGAUCCGCCAGACCCCCAUCAAGCAGAAGAAGGCCCACCUCAUGGAGAUCCAGGUCAACGGUGGCUCCAUCGCCGACAAGGUCGACUUCUCCCGCAACCUGUUCGAGAAGACCAUCGACAUCGACUCUAUCUUCGAGAAGGACGAGAUGAUCGACGUCAUUGCCGUCACCAAGGGUCACGGUUUCUCUGGUGUUACCUCCCGUUGGGGUACCACCAAGCUGCCCCGCAAGACUCACAAGGGUCUGCGUAAGGUCGCCUGUAUUGGUGCUUGGCACCCUAACCACGUCCAGUGGACUGUUGCCCGUGCCGGUCAGGACGGAUACCACCACCGUACCUCCUGCAACCACAAGGUCUUCCGUAUCGGCAAGGGCUCCGAUGAGGGCAACGCCUCCACUGAGUUCGAUAUCUCCAAGAAGCAGAUCACUCCUCUUGGUGGUUUCGUCCACUACGGUGAGGUCAAGAACGACUACGUCCUGCUCAAGGGCUCCGUUCCCGGUGUCAAGAAGCGCGUCAUGACCCUGCGCAAGACUCUGUACCCCCAGACCAGCCGCCGCGCCACCGAGAAGGUCGACCUCAAGUGGAUCGAUACCUCCUCCAAGUUCGGUCACGGUGCUUUCCAGACCGCCGAGGAGAAGCGUGCUUUCCUGGGUACCCUCAAGAAGGACCUUAUCCAGACCGUUUAA